AUGGGCAAGACGAGAAAGCCCCACGCGGCGACGGGGGGCAGGCCCUGGUGGAGAGAAGGCUCCUGGCGAAAGGAAAGCCACUCCUGGGACCGGGAGGAGACCAGGGGAACAGGACCCGAGCAUGGCAAGGAUAAGGAGCGUCAGACUGAAAGCCGCUUCUCCAUGCCUCCGGCUCGAAAGAAACGCGUGGUGGAGACGCAGGAGGUGAGGAAGCUGGGCCGUCGGAGGAGGCCGAAGCGUCCAAGGGAGGAGGACGCCAGCGAGUAUGUUGAGGUGUUUGUUGAUGAGACGGACGAGUGGGCAUGGGCUGACGAGAAGCGCGAGGAGGAGAAGCCACUGGAAGAGCCGGAGGGGUAUGCCGACCAGGAGCCACAGGAGGCCGCAAUGCCAUCCACAUCAGGUGGCUCAGGAGUCAGCAGCAGCAGCCCGACCCUCGCGGCAAAGCUCAGGCCGACUCCCAAGUUACGGGGGAAGCCGCAGAGCGCACCGGCGCUGAGGUCCUCGGCUCCGGUGCCUUCCUCGGCGCCCAGCAAAGCGAGGCGGCUGGAGGAGGCGCAAAGUCCAAGCGAAACGGUGCCACCGCGCCGCAGCAGCGACACGCAGGUGCCAUCAAGCAAGCCGCCAGUCUCUGUUGGAAAGCCGCCGCCUCUGCCGCCCAAGCAGGUGCCCCGAAAUCUCUGGCGCAUGGCGCGGAAUCCUGUCGCUGCCCGCACAGUGCAGCCCUCGCUGGAGGCGAAAAGGUUAAGAAGGCAGCAGCUGCAGCAACGAGGCUUAGAAGAGAGAAGAGCCAAGGAGAAGGCCCAAAGGCAGGCCCAACAGAAGAAUGACAACGGUGACGGAAAGCAGCACAACGGCUGGAGAGAAUGGAAGGAGAAGGAUUGGAACGACCGGAAAAGAACGGACAGGUGGAAGGACUGGAAAGACUGGGUGGAACAAGAGGAUGGGCAACAGCGCAGCCAAGAAAAUUGGAGGAGCUGGAAGGAGUGGGCCGACCGAGAGCAAGCAGAGGAGGAUGGGCAAGCGAAGUCCGGUGUCAAGCGAAAGCCGGCCUCCGCGCCAGGGGCCGGUUCAAGGAUGCCACAGCCACAGCGCCCGAAGUGUCUGCCGAAGCCGAAGACAAAGGCCGAGCCAAGGUCCCAUUCGACUGCGGAGGAGUCCAAGUCCGACUCUGUGUGGGGCCUCCUACAGGUCCCCCCGGAGGAAGAAGCAGAGGAGGAGCCAGCCGGAGAUGAAGCCGAGCUCGAGCAGCAGCGUCAGAAGGUCAAGGAAGAGCAGGCUGUUCAGGAAGAUCCCCCAAAGGCCAAGGAGGAGGCGGAUGAGAGCAAGCUCGAGGAGAAGCAGGAAAAGAGGGAAGAUGUGAAGGAGGCCGAGGAGGCUGCAGAGAAGCCGGCCGAGCCAGCUUCGUCCAAGGAGGACAUCAGCAAAGAAGAGCCAACAGCCGAUGAAGCCCCGUGCCAGGAGGAGAUGGAAAAGAAAGUGCAAGCUGCAGAGAAGCCCGGCGAUCCUUCGUGGUCCAAGGACGAGGAUGUGGACUCUAACGCAGACGACUGGGGGGACUGGACUGAGGGAGGCUUCGCUGGGAGCCCCGCUGCCAAGGAAACCGUCCCCGAGGGCUUCACGGACCUUGAUUGGCGGUGUCGGCUCUGCAACACGAUUAACAACGCGGAUCGCAGCACCUGCAGUGGUUGUGGAGCCGUCCGCUUUGCGGGAGUUGAUCGGUCGAGGCCGAUAGAAGAGCAGUUCAAGCCACUUCACGAGGAGCGCGAGAGCCCUCCGAGGCCACGCUGGAGCCAUCCGCCGGACCUUUGGUUAGCCAGGGUGAAGAACAUCCCGGCGAGCUACGACGAGCCGAUGAUCCGAGAAUUGCUGAAUGGGUACGGCCUGUCAAAGGACCAGUCGUUGAAGCUUGCUCGGCCAAGUUCCGGAGAUAUCCCGAAGACCACCUCCGUCAUCCUACGCUUCGACCAAGAGCAGGCAUCCCGGGAUGCUGCGGAUUUUCUCCAAGGCCGCGCUGUAUCUGACGGCUUUGACCAGAUUUUCCAUCUGGAGGUGGAGCUGCGUGCCAGCCACACCCGUCACGUCAAGGUGCUUCCUACGGUCUAUGUGUCCGACAUCCCGAUCGAGUGGAAUGACCAGGACCUGUACCGCUUGCAUGAUGAGAAUGGCCUGGACUCCAGCACCAUCGCUGGCACGAAGUGGCAGGCAUCCAAGAGGAAUUUGACCAGGCUCUGCUUCGUACGAUAUCAUGCUGACAAGGAUGCCCACGCAGCCGUGCAGCAGUUGAACAUGAUCUCAGUGGAUUCGGCGUCGGAGAAGAGGAAGCGCCAGCUGGCAUUCAAGAUCGCGAACCCGGCUUCGUGGCACAAGCAGAAUUCAGAAAAAGCUGAACGCGAGAAGGUCUGGAACAGCGAGGACCGACAGGCUGACGGAGGCAGGGACAAUGCCACACGCGAGGCGCAUGGCCUUCCCGAGGGCUAUGCCCGGCAGAGGGGCUUCCAGUUGUCCCUGGGUCAAACAGCUGAAGCCUCUGGAGGAAGAGAAGAACCACGUCUUGCCAGGUGUCGUCAAGUUCUGGAACAACGACAGAGGCUGGGGAAUCCUCCAGACGCUGGUGUCGGUGGACGGGCGAGGUAG